AUGUCAUACGAAGCAUCAACGAUGAACAACAUCCGAUUAACAUAUAACGCCGACGGAACGCCGUCAUAUACACAUAUGGUGCAACCUACGUCGCCGUCACCAACGCCUGAUUACAACAACCCUAACGGCAUCAACGACGGAGGCGGAGAUCCUGGUGAAAACAAUUACGCGUUAGCAGUUACGACAGGGAUCAACUUCAAUGGAAACGAUGUAGUAAAGCGGAAGAGAGGAAGGCCGAGAAAGUACGCGCCUGAUGGCUCUACGCCUCCGGCGGCGGCACUGCAUGGUCCAGCGGCUGGACAAUCCGGCGACUUCUCGUCUCCGGCACCUUCUUCAGCGAAGAGACCAAGGGGUAGACCUCCGGGUUCUGGAAAUAAACAGCAGCCUGCUGCUUCAGGGUUACCUGGAGCAGGAUUCAUGCCACAUAUUCUUGAUGUGAAAUCUGGAGAGGAUGUAUUAGCAAAACUUGUAUGGUUUUCUCAAAACAGCACAAGAGCUCUAUGCAUUCUAUCAGCAAGUGGUUCAAUAUCAAACAUCACACUUCAACAAACAGCAACAUCGGGUGGAACAGUCACCUAUGAGGGAAGAUUUGAGAUCCUGUCACUUUCUGGUUCAUUCAUGGCGUCUGAAAGUGAAGAUGGUCAACGGAGUAGAACCGGUGGGUUGAGUGUGGCGUUAUCUGGGCCAGAUGGGCGGGUGUUGGGCGGCAACGUGGCGGGGCUUCUGACUGCCGCUACGCCAGUUCAGGUGAUUGUUGGUAGUUUUAUUCCGGCGACUCAGAGACAGGUGAAAGGAGGAAAAGGUAAUAAUACUACUACUACUACUAAUAAUAAUAAUGAAGCUGAAGUUGUGAAUGCUCCGGCGAACCACCCUGUGUCUGGUGGGAGUUUGAGUUUGAGUGAGUCUUCAGGUGGUGGGCUGGGGAGCCCAGUUGGAGUUGGACAGAGUAAUAAUAGCAAUCCACAAGGUGUGGGUAAUAAUAUGGGUUGGAGAUAG